AACAGAGUAGGGCGGGUCAUGACCUCACCAUCCUAGAAAAAAGAUACCGCACACCGGAAGCCAUUAGGAAACUGUUGAGAAGCAGUACGAUCAGCUCUCUGGUGAACAUGGGCUUCCACUUUGGAAACUUGGCCAAGGUCAGGCAUGUGAUCACAUACAGUAUAUCCCCCUUUGAGCAGAGGGCUUUCCCCAGCUACUUCUCCAAGGGAAUCCCCAACGCAUGGAGAAGGAUCACAGCUUCUUUCUUCAAAGUUGCCCCCCCAAUGACUCUCAUGUAUUUGACAUACAGCUGGGGCAACAACACCUACAUGCAGGGCAAGAGGAAGAAUCCUUCUGACUAUGAGGGCGAUGAAUAAACUCCUGCCAGCUUUCUGAAAGCUUCCCUCUGUUGUUAAUUCCAGCUCUAUAUGUUUCACCAAUAAAGAUGUAAAAUAUUUAUGUGAAAUCA